AUGGAUUCUGGACUUUCGAGUCGUAAUAGCACGCUGGGCAAUCAGUACUCCAGGUCUUACAUGAAGCAGGAUAAUGCCAAACAACAGCGCAAUUCGCUGCCAAUCUACUCGGUGCGCAAAUCUUUGAUGGAAAUGGUACGGAAGUCAACCACCAUCAUCGUACUUGGUGAAACGGGAAGUGGCAAAACCACGCAGAUGCCCCAAUUCAUCUAUGAAGCCGGACUGAACGGAGACAAAACAAUUGCCGUCACACAGCCCCGGCGUGUGGCUGCCAUUACCGUGGCGAAGUGGGUUGCCAUCGAGAUGGGCACCAAUUUGGGAGAUUUAGUGGGUUAUACGGUGCGCUUUGAGGACAUGACGUCGGAAAACACACAGAUCAAAUACAUGACCGAUGGUAUACUGUGCCGUGAAGCACUGUCCGAUCGACAGCUUCGGAACUACAACGUGAUCAUACUAGACGAGGUACACGAACGCACCGUUGCGACAGACGUGCUGCUCGGGGUGGUGAAAAAAGCUCAACAAAUACGAGCCCUCAAGCGUAUGGCCCCGCUAAAGGUUAUCAUUAUGUCGGCCACGAUGGAUUGUGACCACUUUGCGAACUACUUUUCCGACUGUCCGAUCGUGUAUCUACAAGGACGUACGUACCAGGUCAAGGUUUACCAGAUGGUAGAGAAAAUGCACUACAUUGAGGCGUGUCUGAAGACGGUGGUGGAAAUUCAUCAAACGCAACCCGCUGGAGAUGUGCUGGUGUUCCUUACAGGGCAGGAAGAAAUCGAUGCCACGGUUAACAAGAUGCGUCGGCUAGCUAAGAGCUUUCCAUCGGACCUUCCAAAACUAGCAGUAUAUCCUAUGUACGCAGCUCUACCACAAACGCAACAAUUGGACGUUUUUAACCCGGCGCCAACCAACGUUCGGAAGGUUAUAUUUGCGACCAACAUCGCCGAAACGUCCAUUACCAUUAAUGGCAUCCGGUACGUAAUCGAUUGUGGGCGGGCUAAAGUGCGUUCGUACGACCCCAUCACUGGUAUGGAUAUGCUGAAAGUGUGCUGGAUUUCACAAGCGCAGGCCCACCAGCGCACAGGACGAGCGGGUCGCAUUACUGAUGGAAUUUGCUUCCGAACGUACUCCAAGGAAGUGUAUGAACAUUUGGAGAAAAUGACAGCACCGGAAAUUCUGCGCUGCAAUCUUUCUGCCACUGUCUUAAAUCUGCUCGUGAUGGGCGUUAACUAUAAGGACUUUGACUUCAUCGAUAAACCACCGGAAGAGGCGAUCGUCGGAGCACUGCUGGAGCUGAAGGCACUGAAUGCGAUCUCGUCGGUGGAGAAUCCCAUACUUACCGCACUCGGUGGCAAGAUGGCUCGCUUUCCGCUCGAUCCCAAAUACUCCAAGAUGUUGCUUUCGGCUCCGAAAUUCGGUUGCCUGGAAGAGAUGCUAACAAUCAUCGCGAUGCUCUCGGGCGAGAACAUUUUCACCAACAGUGCGCAAAAGCGCGAACAGAUGCUGAUCGCGCACUCGAAGUUUUACGACAAAUCGGGCGAUCACAUCACGCUGCUGAAGGUGUACAACGAGUUUAAAACGAAAGCUAAACCCAAGAUGUGGUGCUUCGACAAUUUCCUGCACGAACGCAAUCUAACGCAUGCCGCCUCAAUUCGUGAGCAGCUGAGCGAAAUCUGCAAAGCGCUGAACAUUCCAACCAGCUCUUGCGGCACUGAUACGAUACCGGUAGCGAAAUGUUUGCUGACCGGGCUGUUUGCCAACAUUGCCACCAAGCAACCGGACCAUCUCUACCUGACUUCGACUAGCGGGCUGAAAGCGCGUAUUCAUCCGUCCAGUUCCAUCUGUGGCAAACUGAGACCGCCGGUUGUGAUCUACACGGAGCUGGUAGCAACGCGCCUAAACUAUCUACGCAACGUAACUGAGAUCGAUCCGGCGUGGAUCGAUGAAGUUGUGCCAAAUGUUAACCUACGCCAGACAAAAAGCUUCAAUGAACAUACGUUUCGAACGUUUCAAGGGCACAAAUGA